ACCAAGGGCUUCUUGAGAUAGCAAUCUCAUCCUUGCUGCCACUCACCCGAAACAGGAGGCAUGGGGUGCCUGUGGGCAGUAGUUUGGAAUUUCUGCCCUUUGAGUUGUCCCCGUGUGUGAAAUCAUGCUUUAUUUUCCUUUCCCAGUGUGGGUAAAAUUGUAACAUUUCCAGAGUAUCUCGCCUGGCUUUAUCUGCAUAUCAAUAGGCGUUCAGAGGUGGAAAGAAGUAUGGCCUUAGUACAUUUGCAUCAUUCCUCAGGGUUGGAGAGAAGUUCAUCUCCGUAACAAUGGGUAAUUACCUGGGCUGCGAGGGCUUAUCUGUACCGAAGAGGUAAGGGGCGGGGCCGGUUUUGCUUCUUCCAGAGCAGAGGGGAAAGUUGGCCCGGGUCUGCAGUUUGUGAGCAAUAAAGGGGUUUUAAACUUUAUUUCUCCCUUUGACUGAUUGCGUUUUUUAGAGGUAUUUUGCCCCGAGAUUUCCACUCCCCGGACUUAGACCCAGGCAGUACCUGUGCCUGCUUCUCAGGGCCCCCUACUCCCAGUAAGUCUCAUUCUUUAAAGACAUACUUUGUCACACCUGUAAGCAUUGUCUUGAUAGCUGGUAAAAUUCUGUCCACGUAUUUUUCACUGCCAAAUGUUUUAUUUACAUAAAUGAGAAAUACACAUAAAGUACUGGGAGCAAUACCUUGCACUCAGUAGGCACCCAAUGAUGGCAACUUCUAUGAUAACUCUUUUUUUCCAACACCACCAACUCUCUAAUUUUCCAUGGACACUGACCAGAUAUCCUACAAAGGUGACUCAGUUCUAACAUGGUCUACCCAGAGAUUUGAGUCAGAUCCCACAGGUCAAGGCAUCCGUCCCACAAGGUGGCCCCCACUUCAGAAGCCAAUCCAGGGUGUCACCUGUGCUUCUGGCCAACCAGCUGAAAGUCUGAGGUUCCCAGCACAGCACCCCCACCUCGGGUUUGAGUAAUUUGCUAGAGUGGCUCACAGGGCUCAGGAAACCAGUUUACUCACUAGAUCACUGGUUUAUUAUAAAGAAAAUCAAAGGGUACACAUGAGCAGGCAGAUGAAGGGCCAUGUGGGGCAAGGUCCUGAACAAAGGAGCUGCUGUCCCUGUGGACCUUGGAGCCCUGGGGCCUGGUGCGUGGACAUGUUCUGCUUCACCAACAUGGACGCUCUCCAAGCCCCUUCUGGGUUUUUAUGGAGGCUCCAACCCUCUAAGCAGGGAGGUUCCCCUGGCCACCGGCCCCCCGUGCUUAGGGGAUUUCCAAAAGUCACCCAUGAACACAGACUCAGGUGUCGGGGAGAGGGGCUUGGGAGGAGUAACAAGACACCCGCUUCCGCUCAUGGCUCUGAGCUUAGGAUGGGGACGAGACCAGGUACUGUACCGAGCUGCUCCCGUUGCUCUCGUCCUCGGGAAAUGCCAAGGGUUUGGGGAGCCGGGAGCCGUGGAUGAAGACCAAGUACAUGUUUAUUAUGAAUUGUGAUAUCACAACUUCCUUCUCAUUCCUUUUCUGUUUCUCAUAAUAAUUUGCACUUAAGACGACCUCUGUAAGUGGGUGAGUGGAGCCAGAGCAUUCUCUUUCCUUCUGACCAGCUGGCCACCUUUCAUUAGGAAACCCCAUUGGAGACUUCGCCAGCUUAGGACUGCCUUGAUGGGUGCUUGAGGCGAGUCUGACCCCGCGGACGGAGAAGCUAGGGGCAUCUCUGCGGGAGCGUGGGAGGAGGGGGCAGCACUGCCUUUCCUGGUGGGCUUAUUUCCUGUGCUUCCUGCUGGGAGGUUCACAGCUGUAGGUCUGAAAGGCAGGCUGUAAACCACUCACCCCCUUGCUCUUUGGCUUUUGCAGCUGAGGCUCAGAGCUUUGAGUGACUUGACACAGGCAGCCAGCUAGGGCUCUGCCUCUCCUUUGGUACCCUCAGCUCUGCACAUAAACACGACUUCCCUUGUCACAUGCCUCUUUCUCUUGACAUACCUUUCAGAGGUCUGUUCUUUUGAAAACCAAGACAAUGCUCUGUGUGACUGGAGGUGACAGCACGGAAGCAUGCAAGUGAACUGAAUGGCAAGCAAGUCCCUCACCCCAGAUGACAUGUGAGAGGCAGCUGUGUAUGACUGCAGGAAGGGAAGUGGUGGCAGGCACCCUAAAAGGAGUGGGGAGCCAGAGGGGCCACCUUCCAGAAAAGGGUGGCAUGACUCCUCGGGUUCAGCAGUGGCUUCAUGAAGGAGGUGGCAUUGGGUCCUCGCCUUGGCUCAGGGAGUGGACAUGCUGAGGUAGAGAAAGGUCAUUUCAGGCAGGGGAGCUGGGUGGGUGGGGUAUGCUGAACUAGGCCGUCAGCAUCUGUGGGAAGCAGAGCGUGGCUGGGGAGUAGGGUGUGAAAGGGAUCAGUCUGUGCAGGGAUUUUACAACAUUGAUUUUCUAAGAAGCAGAAGAAAAAUGGAAAAGACAAGGCAAACAUAUUACAGGUGGAAGAAGGCCCAUCUCUCUCUCUGCUAAUGCCUCAAGCAUCUUUGGAAGUGGAGGCAACAGGAAGGAGGAGAAGCUUUUUCUGCCAGAUGUGGCUGAGCUGAUCCGAGCUGGAGCCUGCCCGAGGGUGGUGGGCAUGGUGGGGGCAGGCAUCAGCACACCCAGCGGGAUCCCGGACUUCAGAUCUCCAGGGAGCGGCCUGUACAGCAACCUGGGGCAGUAUGACAUCCCAUACCCCGAGGCCAUCUUCGAUCUCUCUUUCUUCCACCACAACCCGAAGCCAUUCUUCGCUUUGGCCAGGGAGCUGCACCCCGGGAAGUACAGGCCCAAUGUCACUCACUACUUCUUCCGACUGCUGCAUGACAAGGGGCUGCUUCUGCGGCUGUACACACAGAACAUCGACGGGCUGGAGAGAGUGUCUGGAAUCCCUGCCUCGAAACUGGUUGAAGCGCACGGGUCCUUUGCCUCUGCCACCUGCACUGUCUGCCGAAGACCCUGCCCAGGGGAGGACUUCUGGGCCGAUGUGAUGGAGGGCCGGGUGCCCUGCUGCCCGGUCUGCACUGGCAUUGUGAAGCCGGACAUCGUGUUCUUCGGGGAGCUGCUACCCCAGAGGUUCAUGCUGCAUGUGGUUGAUUUCCCCAUGGCAGAUCUGCUGCUCAUCCUUGGGACUUCCCUGGAGGUGGAGCCCUUCGCCAGCUUGUCUGAGGCUGUGGGAAGCUCGGUGCCCCGACUGCUCAUCAACCGGGACCUGGUGGGGCCCUUGGCUUGGCGUCCUCGCCGUAGGGAUGUGGUUGAGCUGGGGGAUGUGGUGCGCAGCGUGGAAAAGCUGGUGGAGCUUCUGGGCUGGACGGAGGAGCUUCAGGGGCUCAUGCGGCGGGAAGAAGGGAAGCUCGAUGGAUGAGCAAGAGGGUGAUGGCUGCCCCCGCACCGGAAAUGGUUUCAUGGCAGGGUCACUGCCCUUUUCUGAUGCGAUCGUAUGCCUGGACAGCCUGGGCAGCUUUAUAAACUUCAGGAGAACCACACAUGCCCUGAGGAAUGGAGCUUGAGGUUGCCACGGGACGUCUUCCCUGUUUCGAGCUCUGCACUGAUGGAUGGUUGAGUUUAUGCUCAGCCACACCAGCCGAGGAACUGCCUGGCCUACCUUUAUGCUAUUUAAUGUCAGUCUGCUGAAGCUGUUCGUGCCAAAAGCUGCCCUCUGGGGUGACCCUUUUGAACUCAGACUGGUUGGAAUCCCAGAUUGGUUCCACUUUUACUAUGUCCAGACCUCCAGCUGAAGGGCAGGCUCAGCAUUUCUGCCCGUUAGACCGUCAUGGACCACACAGCCUGUCACAUCCUACAGUGUGUUCCUGGGUCCCAAGUAAUGCACUAGGGUCUUCUAGCAUGUUGGUCUCUGUGGUAGUUGUUUCUAAUUACAGAAAGCUUGCCCUUCAUUUCUGGCAUGAAAUACACUUUAAAGAUUGA